AUGGGCAUUCCGAUGUGGCUUAUGAAGAUCCGAUUCCUCAAAUGGAGGUUCGUUCCAACCUUGGAUUUUCGCCUUUUUAGCCUUGUAAUAAUUUGAUGAAAUAUUUGAUGUUUGAGUGAGGCAGUGCGCAAAAAGAGAGAUUCAGAGGACUGUUAAAAAAUUUAAUGUGAAGAUAUAGUCUGUGUGCCACGACUUUAAACUUCACCGAACGACAUUCCACUGUUCCGCUGCGUCGCGAAGCGUCUUUGCGAGCCUCGGUUUCUCUCUAAAUUAGUUCUCAUUUCUGAUAGAUGGACUGUUCCACUAGGAACACGUGCUGGUCGAGUUCUUAAAUAAAAUUGAAUUUUAAAUGCGCACAAAGGCACGCAGCGGAACAGCAAAAUGUCGUUCGGUGAAACUCCAAGUCGUGGUACACAGACUAUAACGGUAGUUAGGAAAGUAUAUAGUAAGCUCCAAUUUUGAAUAUCAAGUGAAUGACGUCAUUCUAAAGCCCUCUGUGGAUGGCUCGCUCUUCGAUUGGUUUGCCAUUAGGGGCGGAGCUUGAACCAGAACUUAUCAUAAUCCGAACAGACUAUAGACUGUAGGAAUUUGGGAGACACAGAGUGCAGAAUAGCUUCAUCUUCAUCAGAAAUUAAUAGACUCUUAUUCAGCAUUUUCGCUGAAUAUGAGAAUAUUUUUUCAAAAAUCCGUCUCGUCCUCGUUUUCAGAUUGACACCAUCUUUUUUUAAAUCUUGAAUGAUGUCAUCAGUUUCACUGGUGACGUCAUUUUUAAUCUCUAUUACCCUGAAAAUAUUUCCUUACGUUCGUUCUACUCACAGAUGUUUAUCUGCAAUGUAAAAUCCAUAUGGCCUCAUUUUUGAACUUUCAUGACAGUCAUUAAGCCUGAAUGAAACUUUUUAAUUCAUCUAGAACUGCUAAAAACUCUAGUGGCCACUUAAGAGCUUCUCUCAAGGACUACUUAAAGAAGACACUAAAGCGGCCACUGAAAUCACUUCCAUAGAAGCCACUAUUUACGACUUAGUGGCCACUAAAGUAUUUUCUAGAUCUACCACUUAGACUCCUAAAAAGGCCAAGGAUUUUUUUCACUCACUAGUAUAACUACUAUAGUGACCACUGAAACGUCAAAACCCUUUUUCAGAAUAAUGAAAAACCUAUUGUCGCCUUGAUUGUAAGCCCUUUUACCUCAAUGAAAAUCAGGUAAUUACAAAACCUUCUUUUUAUCUUUUCAAGGUACGACAAAAUAGCCGCACCGACACGCCUAAUAUUGGACUUUGUUGGGAAACACAUUGAUAACAAGUUAGUUUAUAUAUUGAAAUCAACAUAGAAAAUAACUUUUGCUAGGCUAAAAGAAGUCGAAAAUGGGAAUAUUGAGCUAACGGAGGAAGGGAAUGAUUUCGUCGAGGCCUACCUUUGGCGAAUGAAAAAGGACCAGAAAGACGGGGUCGAGGGCUCUUUUGAGUAGGUUUUGGUUCGAAAUUCAGAAAUGAUUCUGAAUUUUUCAGCCUGUUCGGCUUGAAAGUCGAUUUAUUGGACUUGUGGCUGGCUGGCCAGGAAACAACCUCAACCACUUUGAUGUGGGCGGUUAUUCUGCUGCUCAACAAUCCUGAGGUGGGGCUUGUCGUGGACGCAUUUGGAAUGGCUCUAGGCGUUGCGGUUCAUAUAGUCCGUCCAUACGACUUCACAGUUUUCGCGUGUCUGAGUCUCUCUGUUCCCUCACCGGCGAGGUCAGAGAAACACGAAAAUAGUACGACAAUAAGAGAGGGUCAUCGAGAGACGAGGAGGGCGCAGAGAAGUCUCGCCCCUUCAAGUAGCGAAAAACGGACUAUAGCUUUCUUCAACACUUUUGGAUGACUUUUAGCGCAAGUCGUUUGUGGUCCGUUGCGUCUGACGCUAGAGCUUCGCACCCGUUGGCCAUUCCACCUGCGAUUUUGAACAGUUUUCAGAAAACAUCGCUUUUUCAGGUCCAAGAACAAGUCCUAGAGGUAGAGACCGCAGAGCCACGCCCCUUUUUGCGAUGGUGAAAUGCACUGGUUUUUUAGAUUUCGUGUUUGAUGUUUUCGUAAAAGCGCAAUACUGAAUCAAACACAGAGAAAUUUGAUGGAAACAUAGAGAAAACCUUCCUCUUCAAUCUCAUAUACUUUUCACCCGAUUUUCAAAGCGUUUUUGCGGAGUGUCGUACAAAAAACCAAAACUACUUUUUUUCUUCGGGUUUUUAACCUAGUUCCAUGUCGUUGGCGCUUUUUUUUUAUUUUCGAAUUCGAUUCUUAAGUGAAAAACAAAUCUUUUAAGACAAAAAAAUUAAAAUUUUUACGGUGCCUAAUCUUCGUGAGGCCGCGCAAAGUUGAAAAAUGUUGUACUCGCUUUCGAGAGCGUGUAAGUAAAAAAAUUUUUUUAUUUUAACUUGUGGAUUAAAUUGUAACUAAAAUUUUAUUAAUAUAAAACUUAUUCCGAAAAACUUUUUUUCUGAGAAAAAAAUAGACAGUGAAAAAUUUCGAAAUUUAUUUUAACAUGGUCAGAUGUCGUUGGCGCUUUUUUUAUUUUUUUUAAAUAUCAGCGUAUUUCAAUUUUUCAAUCAAUUAAAAAAAUAAAAUAAAAAAAUUUUAGCGGUGCCUAAAAGUUUAAUUAUUGUUAACUUGAAGCCAACGUUUAAAAAUAACAAAAAAACGCCGAAAACGAGAGCAUUUUUGAACUGAAUCUCUAUGAAUAAAUUAUUUUUUUAGGUGGUCCGAACACACGUGACUAAUAAUUGUUCAACUAUCAUAACUUUUUUUUAAACAAGAUAGUCGGUAAAUGCUGUACUUUGAGGUGAAGUGCUGUAUAGCGCGAACGCCUCCCAUCUCCGAGGGAUGCACGUGGAGCAGCUUGCAUACAGUUUUGAUAUCGCGAGUUCGAUCCUCGCAGCGGCCAUUUUUUUAAUUUUUCAUGAAAAAUAGCUUUUCUCUUCAAACUUGUGGUUUUAUACUGUUUUUAUAACUAAUUAUAACUUUGAAAACCGAACUAAAUUACUAAAAAAUUUAAAUCCGACAUGAAAAACAAAAUGAACGACCAAAAAGUGUAAAAAUCUAAACUUUCAGUACUAAAUUUCGCGACUUUUUUCACUACUGUUUUGACCAUAACUUUUUCUCAACCUUUUUCGAAAAAAACUAAACUGUUUUGAAUAGUAAAUUAGAGCAGCUAUCCAACCAUAGUAAUAUUGAUGUUCGAAAAAUUUUUUGAAAAUUCGUCUGCGGUCCCUACCUAGAGGAGCUAUUGAAAAUCACAGAAAAUGUAAAUCGCGACAUUUCCUUGAAUGAUGGAGAAUCAACAAGGAGGUAAUAUUUUUUUUUUUGAAUAAGUCUUAUUGAAACGCUGUAUCCGACCUUCACGGUUUAAAAGAGUAGAAAACGGUAAAUAGCUCAUCGCGCAAGCCACAAAGAGUGGGGACACUUGAAACCGAUUCUCAGGCCGCUCAGAAUAGUCUCUGACUUGGCUUCAGAAAAAUGAGCAGUCGAAGUGUUAGCCAUAGUUUGACAAGCGAUGACCUGCAUUGGGAAUGGCUCAUACGCGUCGCGGCUCAGAAUUUUUGAACGUUUCGAGUCUACGGAGUUUUAAAGCCAGUUUCAGUGACUUCACUAGCCGUUAAUCAUAAACUGACACACUGUAGAGGCAUUUGGAACAAAAAAGGGGUGCUGCUCACUGAAGUGUGCUACAGGGCGCAAGUCAUUUUUGGUCCGACGCAUCCACUCAAACUUGAUCUUAACUCUUCAAUCGACUCAUCGCGCCGUACCCACUUCCAUCAUAUAUUUUUAAACGACUUUGAGUGAACUUUUUUUACAGGACACAGUCAUAGACGGUCAACCGGUCUGUGCCGGAGUCAUGAUAAACGCAAAAAUUUCUUUAAUAAUGGCCGAUGAGAACAACUUCAAGGAGCCUGAGAAGGUACUCGGAAAAAAUAACCGCUGAAAAAGCUUCUUUUCAGUUCAACCCAUCCCAUUGUGGUGUUCAUGAAAAUUUAUCGGUGAGCUAUUAUUAAUUAUUGUUUCAAAAAGCUGAUUUGCAGUAUUGA